GGCUUAAUGAUUUCCAUAAUUGUGGGCGAUUCUGGACCUAUAUAAGUCAGCUAUGGCCGGCAGACAGCAAUCAGUUUUCGCUGGGCCCUUGCUAGUUGAACUUAGUCGGUUGAGAUGUUCAUCAAGCUGCUUCUAAUCAGCCAGCUACUGGCGCUGAGCUACGCUCAACUGUCGCUCGAUGAGGCUAAAAAACAAAUCGAUGCCUCGGCUUAUAGCGACGAGGAGACUACCGAUGCUAAGCAGCUGCCGGAGCCCAGCCUUCCCCUGCAGUACGAUCCUCAUCAUCCCCACAAGAAAGUGACUACCACCACUCCCGAACCAGAAACCACAACUCCAAAGCCAGAGCCCACCACAACGCCUGCAAUACAGCAGGAAGGGGAGGCCACUGCUGCUCCGGAUGACGGAUUGGGACAACUGGACGAUGGCUUGCAACAAAACAAUGAUGGAUCUGCUCUCCCAGAGUCCACCACUCCAGAGCCGGAAACCACCAGCACUACGACGACCACCACUACAACUACCACAGCGCCAAAGUCCCAUAAGCAUGAGCCCCAUUCUCAUCCGCACCCUCACCCUUAUCCAUACCCCAUUCAGUAUCCCUACUCCCACCCCGGACUAAUAUUCUCCGCCGCGGGCCCUAAGCUUCCUCCUCCAUCGGCGACACCGCCCACUCCCAAAGAUGCGGACAAGGAAUCGCCGGAGGUAUCUGGAUACCCCUCCUAUCCGAUCUUCAGGUCACCUUACGCUCCCUACCAACCACCGGUGUUCCCCCAGCCUCGUAACUGGCCAGGCUUUCCGGGAUACGGACCUCCCAGCCCCGGUUUCGGAUACCCUCACAGUCACGAUCACGAGGACGACUCCGGCGAGGAUAAGCACAAGGAUAAGUCAGGGGAAGAGGAUAAAGAGGAUAAAGAGGACGUGGCCCUGAAGCCACCCGGAUUUGGAUACCCGCAGGUCUAUUUCAUUCCGCGAAGACCAGUGAUCUCUGCACCCAGCUUUCCGCGUCCAGGAUCCGGAUAUGGUUCUCCCUACGGCUAUGGACGCUACUAAUACUCUGCGCUGAAUACUGACAGAUAGUCAAUAUUAUGUUAGUCUUAUUUAAUUAUUGAAAUGUACUUCCUAACACAUUAAACACCUAUUAUAAAUUUUA